AUGUGCUACAUUGGGGGCAGCCCUGAAAGAGAGGAUGGGUUCAGUGAUCACCGCGCCGAGAACAUUCUUGAAAGCUUUGUGCAUCGCAUAAAUCGCCAUAUCUCGAUAGUUUUCGAAAAGGAAGAACAAUACUAUCAAGGCUUCACUCCCCUCAUCUUCACCAUGGCCGCCCGUGUCCCUGCUGCUAAGGCUACAGAGCUCGUCACAUUUGGUGCUGCUGGUCUGGUCGGGUUUGCACCCGUCUACUUAUUGUUUGCACCCAAAGGGGAUGAGCAAAUGGCCCGUCAGACUACCCGCUGGGCUCCUCGUUGGGAACAUGUUACUACCAACUAUCUCACGCCGCCGGUUGAGAACACCGUCCGGAACCACAUUUCGCCUCCCAUUGAGCGCACUAUGAAGCGCUUUGAUCGUGUGGCCAACCCACACAUGGCACGGGCUGCACAGAACCUCGACCGGCGGAUCCGAGCAGGCAUCGCGCGGGUGCAGAAAUAA